AACAUGACAAGGAAGAUGCUACUAGAUCUUCCUCUGUGCUCUCGAAAAAUGCAGAUUUGCUAGCAAAAUACUGAAAAAUAUCAGCUGUUCUUUUAAGAUAACAUGUAACUUAUACUUCUGAUGCAAGUGUAAUUGAGAAUUUUGAAGUAUGAAGUCUUAAAUCUCGUUUCUUCGCUGAACAAGUUCGCGGUGACGCAGUCACGUUGAAGGUAAAGUAUGACUUAUGUGACGACUGGAAAAUAGAAAGAACUGAUAUUUCUUCGAGAAUUAAAAAUGUGGAAUCCUUCUAUGAGGUUUCUAACAACUUGGCAAAAUCCACAGUUUCCCCAGGCAAAUCCCAGUGUUGGUCAGGCUGUUGCCCAACAACAUCUUGGACCAAGUCAACAAGGUCUGGCACACAGACCCCCAGCUAUCCCACAAUCCCAUGGGGUCUACAGUAACUUGAGCCAGCCUCCACUUAACCCAAAUGAUGUCGUUAUGUCACAACAGCAUGCCAAUCAUCACCUACCCAACAGUGGCCCUUCGAUACAGAGUGGACCUCAGUUUCCAAGGCACCCUAUGCAUCUAGAACCAAACAAUUUACUAGUAAUGCAGCCAAGAGGUAUUCCAAGUCCUUUGAAUCCCCAGUUUCUAAUAAAUCCCAUUCAUCUAAACCCAAUGUUGGAACCCAGAGGUAUGCAAGGACAGCAUUCACUAUUUUUACCACAUCCUGCUAAUCAUCCAUGUCCUAGGAUUCCUAUGGAGGUAGACCAAGCUAUAAGAAUGAGCUCUGAAAUGGGUAAACCAUCAGUGAUGCAUCAUCAACCUCCUUUCAAUAUGCAUCCUGUUCCUAUGAAUCUAAACUCACAACCACCACCUCCAGGAACUUGUGUAGAUCACUUCCCUAAUCCUAUCAUAGAACCACAAAGAAAUGGAAGGAAUGAUUCAAAUAGUCAUGCUCCUGUUGAACUGAUGCAUGUAGUCUCUAACAACAGUGAGAAAGGUAUGAUCACUAGUAACAACCUGAACGAAAUACCAACUGUCCCAGUUCAAGAUAAAAUUGAAAGUAUUGAUAGAAUUACUGGUAGUGGUAUAAACAAAGAAGAUUCAUGUAAUACUUUUAUCAGUAAUCACUCUAAAGCACAACAAAGAACAAAAGACAUUUUAAUGGAUAAAGAUCAUAGACAUGUAUGUGAUGAUGAGAUGGGUACUAUAGAGUAUGAUUAUGGCAUAUCUCCACCAGAAAUGCAUUCCAUGGCAUUUACAGAUGCCGAAGACGAAGUGUUUUCAAGGAGAACAGGUGAAAGAGAAAGCGUAAGAAAACAUUAUACCAAAAAUUCAACUUACAGGAAUUCAGAGGCAAGAUCUCCUGACAGGAAAAGGGAAGAUCAUGGAUUUUCAAGGAAAAGGGGGUCAGAUAGACAUCACAGUUCUUCUAGACACAGCCAUAAACAACCAAAAUAUGACGAUGAUUUAAAGCAUGUUGAUCCUGAUAACAGAGAGAGAAUUAGUACACCAAUUAAAGGGAAGGGCAAGACAACUUCUAAGGAAUCUGAUUAUUGUAGUCGUCAUGACAGAAAAAGAACUAGCACUUCAAUUGAAGGAAAGAUAAGAACAAAGCUUAAGGAUAUUGAUCAUGAUAAGGGUUAUAGUCCUGAUGGAAAGAGAGUUAGUACAUCAAGUGAAGGAAAGACAAGAACAAAGCUUGAGGAUAUUGAUAAUGACAAGGGUCAUAGUCCUGAUGGAAAGAGAGUUAGUACAUCAAGUGAAGAGAAGAGAAGAACAAACCUUAAGGAUAUUGAUCAUAAUAAAGGUUAUAGUCCUGAUGGAAAGAGUGUUAGUACAUCAAGUGAAGGAAAGAUAAGAACAAAGUUCAAUCAUAUUGAUAUUGAUAAGGGAGGUAGUGCUACGUCAAGUGAAGGGCAAACAAGGUCACACCCUAAGCAUAUUGAUCAUGAUAAGGGCUAUAGUCCUCAUGAUAGAAAGAGAGUUAGUACAACAAGCAAAGGGAGAGACAGAACAAGCUCUAGCAGCUCAAACAACAGUUCUCAUAGUAAAGUCAAUAACCAAAGAGGGAAAGACCCAAAACCAAGCAGUCUUGAUAGGAAUCAGUAUGAUACAAAACAUCACAGGCUGGGUGAUCGACCAUUGCGCUGUAUAUCACCACCAGCACCAGACAUUAAGAGAGUCUUGAAGYUUAUAGUACCAGAAAAAUAUUAUACACUAUCUAAAAGUAAAAAGGAUUCCAAGUCAGUGACCCUUGGUACUCAGAAGCUUGAGCAGCUAUAUGAAACAUUUGAAAAGAAGAUAUUGAACCUUGAGGCUGAACACAGUGAGCCUGAAAGUGAAGAUCAAUUAUUGAAUACAAAGGAAGCACAUAAAACACCCAAGGAUAGCAAUGGCAAUGGAAAAAAUAAUGACGAUGAUGAAAUCUAUAGUGACUUUGAUUCUUUAGAUGACUUUGACUUGAGGGAACAAGAACGCAAUGGUGAAUAUUCUGCAGAUACAUUUGCCGAUGCAAAUGACUCCGACGAGAGUGGGGACAAUGAUGAUGAUGAUGACAAAUUUGAUGUUGAUGAUGAUGCAAGUGAUAGUAGCUCUGAUGAAUGUGCAAGUGCUCCUACUGGGUCUUCAGCUGAAGAGGUCAGAGCAAGAAAGCUUUCCGAUCCUAGAAGACUUCAUCCAGAUCUUUGGUUCAAUGAAAAAGGAGAGGGCAAUGAUGGUCCAGUUUGUAGAUGUUGUGCUAAAGACAGGGAACGUGGAAUAGAACAUUUUGUGUAUCCAGGAGAAAAGAAUAUACCAUUGUGCAAUCCUCUUGGUAAUAAUGCCGAUAGAUUAUACCACUACUGGGUGACUGUAACUCCUCAUACCAACUUCAUGACUGAAAGACCAACAACAAUUAAAUACCAUGACAGAGACUAUGUGUUUGAAGGAUUUUCCAUCCUCUCACACCAAUCACUAGACAAGAUUCCACGUUGUUCACUCAUUCGCUUUAAUAUUGAGUUUUCAAUGCACCUUGUUCGAGAACCAAUUCCUAUGAACUUUUGUAUCAAAGGAUUAGAAAUGCUUUCAAAGUUCCUGUUUUCUGACGUGCUUGAGUUGUUGGACUGGUCCUUAAAACGACAAGAAGGAGAAAGUGAAAGUUGCCCGAUAUUUCAUUUUAUGCCAAGAUUUGUCUACAGAAAACAAGAACCUCAGAAUGGAAAAGAGGUGCAUGAGUUACUGCCAAUGAAUAAAGUCAUUUCUUACUUCAUUGAAAGUUCAGAACCAUUACUAAAGCCUGAGCAUCUUAAAAGGUCAAAGCAGACAGAAUUAAGAAGUUUGUCCAAAUCAUGCCGUAACCAAAUUGUCAGGAGACCAAAUAAGAAACCUGCUGCUUUCCGUAUUGAUGAAUUAGAGUUUAAGGAUGAAGAUGACACUGAACAUGAUGGCCAAAGAACAAAUCCUAUUGCUGUGCAUCAUGGUAUUCGUCCUGUUCAGAUGUCGUACUCAGGGAAUGCAAAGUAUCAGAGAUUGUGGAAAUCAUUUUUGAGAUUAAGAAACACUGCAGCCAACAGACCUGUGUUCAGCAGAAAAUACCAAGACAGACUGGUUGAGAUGAAGGUAAAACUGGAAAAAAUGAGACUAAAUAGUUCAAUGCGCAGAGAUGUUGAAGUCAAAGUGACUAGCCAAGGAUUGAUGAAAACUGGUAUUCAUUCUGAUGUCUGUCAGCAUGCCAUGUUGUUUCCAGUUCUGGUACAUCACCUGAGGUACCACAUCAGCCUUAGGACGCUAGAUGACAAAAUUGGAUACAAGUUCAAGGAUCGCAUGCUUUUACAGCUUUCUCUUUCCCAUCCAUCGUAUCAUUUAAAUUUCGGUAUGAACCCAGACCAAGCCAGAAAUACCUUGAGUAACUGUGGAGUAAAACAACCACGAUAUGGUGACAGAAGAAUACAUCGAAUACACACCAAAAAGAAAGGUAUCACACAGUUGAUUAGAGUUAUGGCAAACCUCGGCAAGAUAGAGGAAUACCAUUCAAUGAUCAGACACAACGAGCGCUUGGAGUUUCUUGGCGAUGCUGUCUUGGAGUUCAUAUGCAGUUCUCAUGUGUACUUCAUGUUGCCUGACAUGACAGAGGGUCAUCUAGCAACCUUCAGAUCAGCUUUGGUCCAAAACAGUCAUCUUGCUCUUCUCGCAAAGAGUUUAAACCUGUCUGAUUACAUGCAGUAUGCUCAUGGACCUGACCUAUGUAAAGAAGAAGAUAUGAACCAUGCCAUGGCCAACUGCUUUGAAGCUCUUCUUGGUGCUAUAUUCCUAGAAAGUGGCCUACAGGCAGCAAUAGAAUUCCUCAGCCGUGUUGUCUUUGAAGACGAGGAAAUAAGAAAAGUAUGGGUCGAUCUACCAAAGCAUCCCCUACAGUCGCAACAACCACAAGGAGAUAGACAUCUUAUUCCAUCAUCUCCUGUCCUCGAGAAGUUACACGAACUGGAAGAAUCUACCGGUAUUACUUUUAAUCAUAUCCGGCUACUGGCCAGAGCAUUUACACAUCCUCAAGUAGGAUUCAACAACUUAACACUAGGUGAUAAUCAGCGCAUGGAGUUUCUUGGCGACUCUGUCUUACAGUUCGUAAUAUCUGUCUAUCUGUAUAAACACUUUCCUGAACACCACGAGGGACAUUUGACGCUUCUUCGCAGCUCUCUCGUCAAUAAUCGAACACAAGCUGAUAUCGCCAGACAGCUGGGACUUGACGAGUACAUUAACUUUGGCUCAGCGGGACAAAAGAAAAUUCGAGAAAAACUGCUGGCAGAUGUUUUAGAAGCGUUUCUCGCUGCUAUUUACAUUGACAAAGGAUUGAAGCACGUUGAAGCGUUUUGUAGAGCUUGUUUCUUCUCUCGUGUAGAGGAGAACAUCGUGAAUCAAGAGUGGAUCGACGCUAAGUCACAGUUACAGCAAUGCUGUCUUACUCUGAGAGAAGAGGGAAAGACUCCUGAACUACCAGAAUACCGGAUUCUACAGAAUACAGGUCCUGCACAUCGCAAGAGAUAUCAGAUUGUUGUCUACUACAAGGGCAAGAGGUGUGGCAAAGGUGAAGGCCAGAGUAUCCACCAAGCAGAAAUGGCAGCAGCUAGGGAUGCAUUGUCGUCCAGUUAUUUUCCUGAAUUUGCACGACAAAAACAUUAUCUUGACGAUAAGCACCAGAACAAACGAACAAGACAGCACAACCGAUCAUCCCGACCCAGGGUCGCGGACAGACCACACCGUGAAGAAUCACCCGUACAAGAACCAAUGUGGGUUGACAACGAAUAAACUUUCAGAAAAAAUCCCACAAAAUUAUUAGUCUCCUUUGCGGCGGAGAACACUAGAUUAGAGUACAAGUUAUAAGUUAUUUUUAAAUAGAGAGAUUCAGGUUUGUUACUCCAGCAUUGGAAUGGCUUUUCUCUUUAAACAAUCUAAUGCCAUUAACGUUGAAAUGGCUUUCUGUUUUUGUUUUGUUUCGUCGGAGGAGUGGUUCCAGUCAUAGAAUGUUCAAAUAGAUUUCCGGCUUAUGUCAUUGAAAUGGCUUCUCUAUCUAGUCUGUUUAGCUUUGAAUUGGCCUCCUGUUCUAGUGACAUGAAAGGGAUUGUAGUCAUUUUGAAUGGCUUUUUCUGACUUUUUCUAGCCUUGUGUGGGUUCGUCAUGUCAUAGCAUUGCAUUGGCUUCUUCAAACAAUCCUCCCUUGCUAGCAGACGUCUCCCUCGUUGGCGAUUCUCUGCCAACAAUCGCUAGCAGGCAAAACAAUCCUGGUUCAUCUGAUAAACAGAAAUGCUUUAUCAGAUACCGUAUCUGAUAUUUUUUAUCAAAGAAAUGAAAAAUUUUCUUCUUUUAUUCGCUAAAACGCAGUAAGAAGUAUAGUACUUCUUAAGCAGUAAGAUGAAAUCAUGUCCCCUUUGGUUGGGAAGCGCAUACAAAAUCGUCUUCCGAUCUCCAAAUAGCAAAUGGGAAAAAAUGAAAAAAA